CCCGUUGCGGCGGCGGGCGCGGAGGUGCAGUCGCCGGUUCGGCCGGGACAGGUGCGGUGGGAGCCGCUGUUUCAGCUGCGACAGGUGCGGUGGGGUCUCCCUGGUUCCGCCGGGACACAGGGAUUUGGGAGAUAAGAUGGAGCCUUCCCCAUUCAAUAGAAGGCAAUGGACGUCCCAGUCCUUGAAAAUCACUGCAAAAGAGCUUUCCCUGGUCAACAAGAACAAGUCCUCGGCCCUCGCAGAGAGGUUCUCCAAGUAUCAGAAAGCUGCUGAAGAAGCCGCUGCUGAGAAGAAGAGAAGUAACACAGAAAACCUGCCCGCUCACUUUACGAGGGGGAAUCUGAGCGUGCUGAAGAAGAAGUGGGAGAAUCCGGUGCUGGGAGCGGAGUCUGGGAAGGAAACGGUCCGGAGCAGCUGCGCUGAGGUGAGGCACAAGGUCGGGACCAGCCGCACCCCUUCGCCACCCCCGGGGGCUGGAGCUGCCUCUGGCCAGGCGCAGUGUCCCGCUGCUGACAGCACAGAGCCCCACAUCCACUCACGGGAGAGCGGCAGCAUGGAAAACUGUGUGAGAGAGCCCCGUGAAAUGGAAAAGCCCGAAGCCAGCGAGAGGUCGGAGUCUCCGGGGAGGAUCGAGAAGUACAACGUGCCCCUGACCAAGCUCAAGAUGAUGUUCGAGAAGGGUGAAGCCCCUCAGGCCAAGGCAGCUGAUGGGAGGGUGUGUCCCCAGCAGGGCCCCCGGGAGCCACGGAGGGCAGCCUUGGGCAGGAGGAUUUCAGAGAACAGCCUCUCCUCAGAGGACUGCGAUGCCGCCCAAGGAGAGAGGAGCCACAGCACAGCAGGGUAUCUUGUAGAGACCAGUCCAGGAGUCAGCCCAGACAAGGCAGAGGCCAGGAGGAACCUGGACAUGCCCCGUUUAUCUGAGACGUCAAUAAAGGACAGGCUGGCCAAGUACCAGGCAGCUGUGUCUAAGCAGGGCAGUUCCUCAGGCAUCAUUCCCAUGAGUGAGAUUCAAGCCAGUGAGAGUGAACUCAAGAAUUACAAAUCUGGGCAGAAGGAGAAUCUGGCACCAAUUGAGGACUCCAAUUCCUGUCAGGAUGGGGAGAAGGUUUCUGUAGGUGAGAACAGCUUGUCUUUGCACUCUGGUCUGCUGGAGGAUGGCCAUGUUGGACAGUCGGAGAGCGAGGCAGAAGCUCAGAAACAUGUCAGCUCAAAGCAGCAGAACCUUGGUGCUAAAGCAGCUGGGCAGACAGAGGCCUCCCCACCGAAAGCCGUGAAGAAAUUCCAGUUGCCAAUGAAGGAAACCUGUGUUGGGUGUCAGAAGACCGUGUACCCCAUGGAAAGGCUCUUUGCCAACCAGCAGGUGUUUCACAUCAGCUGCUUCCGCUGUUCGUAUUGCAACAGCAAACUCAGCCUCGGGACGUACGCGUCUCUGCGUGGGAACAUCUACUGCAAGCCUCACUUCAAUCAGCUCUUCAAGUCCAAAGGCAAUUACGAUGAGGGCUUUGGACACAAACAGCAUAAGGAAUUGUGGGCAGGUAAAGCUGAAUGUGAAGAAUCCCCGGAGAAAACCGUCCAUGGUGUAAAUGCACCAGAAACUCCACAAAGCCCAGGAGUAGAGGAUGCCCCGAUUGCAAAAGUGGGAGUUCUGGCAGCCAGUAUGGAAGCAAAAGCUUCAGCUGUUCCUGAAAGAGAAGAAAGACCAGCAGAAACAAAAAAGCUCAGGAUUGCCUGGCCACCUCCAUCUGACCAAAGUAUCCAAGGAAGUGCCUUAGAUGAGGGCAUCAAAGUACUUAAACCCAAGUGGCCUCCAGAAGAAGAGAUUUCCAAGCCAGAUGUGCAGGAGGAUGUGGAUCUGGAUCUCAAAAAGUUAAGAAGAUCUUCCUCGCUGAAGGAGCGAAGUCGCCCCUUUACAGUCGCAGCCUCAUUUAGAACAAUAUCUGUUAAAGGCCAUAAAACAGAGAAUUCACUGUCUCCUUCUAAGGCAGAGAGAGAUACCUUGAAAAGGAGUGAGGAACUGGAGAGCGAGGUUGUCAUAGAGAAAAAGCAAAAGGAAAAGAAGGUUGAGCAUAGGAACAUCCAGGACGCUGGAGAGAAAAAUGUGGAGGAAGAACGGGAAUUGUCUGGUGUCAAAACAGUAGAGCAUAACGUUGUAGAGAAUGGCCAGGUGAAUGCAGACACAGAUGAGGAAGAACAUGCUACGGAGGAGCCAGAAAUUCCAAAGGAAGAACUCCUUGAACCAAAUUCUCCUAAACAUUCCAGCUUAGCCAAUGUCGUGACUGCUAAGGAAUCAUGUCCAAACCAGAAUCGCAAAUCCCAAGACGUUGGGUUUUGGGAGGGUGAAGACGUGGAAGAUCUAUCUGUGGAAGAACAGAUCAAAAGGAAUCGCUACUAUGAAGAUGAUGAUGAAGAAUAAACUGGCCUUUUACUAGAAAACUCGCUGCAAGGUGCUGGGCCUUUUGAAAUGGGUAUUUUUAGCUUUAACGAACAGCUCUCCUGGAUGAAGUGAUGCUGCACUGCACAUCGGCGUUAAGGGAAUCUGCGUACAAAUUAUCUCAGCUAGAAAACUCUGGAAGCCUGCAAAUUCUUUAGGUGCAUGGAACAAGCGUCUGGCUGUGGGAUGGCUUCAGCAGGUAGUGUCUGUCCCCAGCACGAGAACAGAGCUGUUCUCUGCUGUCUUAUCCCUUUGAGCUUCAAUAGGUAUUUCACUAACAAUUUAUGGAAUUCCACUGCACUUGCCGUGGUGGUGUGGGACAGGGCCUCUGGAACACACCACCUGUAACCACUACAAAUGCUACUGCAGUGCUUAGGGACCAACUUCAAAGGGACUUCCUGGCCUGCUUUAAAAUGGUCACUUAAUGCACUUUAAUACAUGGAAAGGGCACAACUGGGCUUUUUUUUUAAUAAUAAAAACAUUUCUGUGUGUAGUGUCCAACAACUAAAGCAUCCUACACUGAGUGCAAUGUGAAUUUCUGUCUCAAACCUGCCUGUGAUCGGUUGAGGAGUCCCUGCACAACUGGAAUGGUGCCCGUUGCUGGACCAUGUGUAUUUCAGUGCUUUCCCAGGAGCUGUGCUGGCUGCCAGGUCUCUGCAAAAGACAAGUGAACGCUUUGGAGCAGCCCGCAGGGCAUUACUUCUGCAUUUCACACGCAUUUGAAGUGGAGUUUUUUGUUCGUUUUGUUUUUGUUGUCAUUUCUUUUUUUACUUGGAGUUCUUCAUCAUCAUUUAAAACUGCAGAUAAGAUUCUUAAGGCCUUUUGACAACUCUGAAAUCCUACUUGUAUCAAGCUGCCAUAAAUCUUUUCCUUACAGCUGUGAAAUUGUGCUGCAUUGCAAAAAUCUCUGGAAUCAGUGACACUUUUCCAAUUGCCAGUGUUGAAGAUUAGAACAUUUUUUAAUUUGACUUCAUUAUUUUACAAAUAAUAAAAUCUUGAAUGGGGGGAGGAGGCCCUUUUUUUUUUUUAUUAGCUUUUAUUUGUACUGUAUUCUCAAGAGAAUUAGAUCUUAACAAUUCUUGAGGUGUAAAAUAUUCUGCUUUCUUAACAGUUCUGCUAACGACAAAACCUUCAAUAAAGUUUGGUCGUUUCCACUAUAA